AUGAAGAUGAUUCCCCCAGGAUGGACCUGGUGCUCGGUCGGACUGAGCGGCAGGCGGCACGGGCUGAAGAGAGGCUGGUGUGCGGAGCGGGGGACGCUGCUGUCUCUUCUGGGACGUGCGCGCUCCUUUGCCCUGUGCAAAGUCACGCUGCUCCCGGGGACACUUCCACUGACCCUGGCUGCCACUAAAAGACAGCAAACUCCCCAGAAGACCACCGUCCGCCAGAACAUAGCAGAUAAUAAUGUGAUCCCAGUAAAAGCCUGGAAGUGCAAAUGA